AUGAGCAGGAAAACACGACGUUGGAUAUUUCACAUUUUCCUCUGUUUGGGGAUUAUUUAUCUGAAAAUUGGGGGCUUCUCGUCCGUGGUGGCCCUAGGAGCGAGCAUCAUCUGUAACAAAAUCCCGGGUCUUGCUCCCCGGCAGAGGACAAUCUGUCAGAGCAGGCCCGACGCCAUCAUCGUGAUCGGAGAGGGCGCACAGAUGGGCAUCAACGAGUGCCAGUUCCAGUUCCGCCACGGCCGCUGGAACUGCUCCGCCCUUGGCGAAAGGACCGUUUUUGGAAAAGAGUUGAAAGUGGGGAGCAAAGAGGCAGCUUUUACCUACGCCAUCAUCUCGGCCGGGGUGGCCCACGCCAUCACGGCCGCCUGCACCCAGGGAACCCUGAGCGGCUGCGGGUGCGACCAGGAGAAGCAGGGCUUCUACAACAAGGAGGAGGGCUGGAAGUGGGGCGGCUGCUCGGCGGACAUGCAGUACGGCCUCAACUUCUCGAAGAUGUUCGUGGACGCGCGGGAGAUCAAGCAGAACGCCAGGACUCUCAUGAACCUCCAUAAUAACGAAGUGGGGCGCAAGAUCCUUGAAAAGAACAUGCGUUUGGAAUGCAAGUGUCACGGCGUCUCUGGUUCGUGCACAACAAAGACCUGCUGGACGACACUUCCCAAGUUCCGCCAGCUCGGCUAUAUGCUGAAGGACAAAUACUACCAAGCGGUGCAGGUGGAGCCGGUCCGGGCCAGUCGGAACAAGCGACCCACGUUCCUGAAGAUCAAAAAGCCCUAUUCGUACCGCAAACCUAUGGACACCGAUUUGGUGUACAUCGAGAAAUCGCCCAACUACUGCGAGCCGGACCCGGUGACGGGCAGCGUGGGGACUCAGGGUAGGACCUGCAACAAGACUGCUCUGCAGGCUAACAGCUGCGACCUGAUGUGCUGCGGGAGAGGCUACAACACCCACCAGUACUCGCGGGUCUGGCAGUGCAACUGCAAGUUCCUGUGGUGCUGCUACGUCAAGUGCAACACUUGCAGCGAGAGGACAGAGGUGUACACGUGUAAAUGAAUCGUUUCUACGCAGAGCAGGGGGUCUGCGAGUGUAAACGCCAGGGUCGAUACGGAUCCGUUAGGAAAAACUUUUGCACAAGGCGACGUCUUUGGGAUUUACGCACCCGGAGGCUGAUCGGAGCAAGCGCCCGGAUUUGUCGCAUGGUGGAGACCUUGGUGAUUGGUACCUAUGGAUGCUUCAAGGAUUCUAAACGUCGGAGGAAGGUUGGCAGAAUAUGUGGGAGAAUAUGUAAGCGAGGACUUCAGCUGUCUGGCUCUACAGGCAGUAUGUCAUGAAAAAAUAAAAGAGACAUUAUUUUUUAUUUUUUUUUAAGGAGGACAUUAUGAAAGCAUACAACGAUACAAUGUAUGGACAUGACGAUGAUGGUAUUUAACAUUAUAUU